AUGGAGUGUGAGCUUCAGGAAGAAGUUAACCAUGGUCUCACAGACCAGCAGCACAGCCCUGGAAAGAACAGGGUGAAAAUACAGACAAGGGGCCAGUGGGCAAGCAAAACGGAGUUCAUCCUGGCUGUUGCUGGGCAGAUUGUCGGGCUGGGAAACGUGUGGAAGUUCCCCUACCUGUGCUACAAAAACGGAGGAGGCGUGUUCUUGAUUCCCUACGUGCUGUUCCUGGUGUUCUGCGGGAUACCUCUGUUCCUCCUAGAGACUGCUCUGGGGCAGUACACCAGCCAGGGGGGCAUCACCGCCUGGAGGAGAAUCUGCCCCCUCUUUGAAGGUAUUGGAUAUGCCACCCAGGUGAUUAUUGGCUACAGUGUUGUAAACUACAUCAUCAUCCAGGCUUGGGCUCUCUUCUACCUGUUCCACUCCUUCAGCUGGGAGCUUCCCUGGGCUAGCUGUAGAAACACCUGGAAUACAGGUACCUGUGUGGAAUUUGAUAAGCAUAACAUCACAUCCAAAGGGAUGAUUCCAGAAAAUGCUACAUCACCUGCCACAGAGUUCUGGGAGAGGCGGGUGCUGAGUAUAUCUGGUGGGAUCGAGGAGGUGGGCAGCCUGCACUGGGAGCUGAUGCUGUGUCUCCUGCUUUGCUGGAUUAUCUGCUAUUUCUGUGUCUGGAAGGGAGUCAAAUCCACAGGAAAGGUGGUGUACUUCACGGCCACGUUCCCCUACCUGAUGCUGGCUGUCCUGCUGAUCCGUGGACUCACUCUGCCUGGAGCCGUGGACGGGAUCAUCUUCUACCUCUACCCAGACCCAGCGCGGCUCGCAGAUCCACAGGUGUGGAUGGAUGCAGGGAUACAGAUUUUCUUUUCUUAUAGCAUUUGUGCUGGAAGUCUGAUCAGCCUUGGUAGUUACAACACGUACAACAACAACUGUUACAAGGACUGUGUGUACCUGUGUCUCCUGAACAGUGGAACAAGCUUUGUGGCCGGGUUCGCCAUCUUCUCAGUGCUGGGCUUCAUGGCGUAUGAGCAGGGAAUGCCCAUCUCGGAGGUUGCUGAGUCUGGUCCUGGCCUGGCGUUCAUUGCAUACCCACGCGCCGUGGCCAUGAUGCCACUUCCUCAGCUCUGGGCCUUCUGCUUCUUCCUCAUGGUCUUCCUGCUGGGGGUGGACACCGAGUUUGUUUGCGUUGAGACCCUAAUCACAUCCAUCUCCGACAUGUACCCCUCGAUCUUCCGACAAGGUUCUCGUAGGAAACUCCUCCUGCUGUUCAUCUGUGUUAUCAGCUUUCUCAUCGGGCUCCUCAUGGUCACAGAUGGUGGAAUGUAUGUCUUCCAGCUGAUUGAUUACUACGCUAGUAAUGGGACCUGUCUCAUGUUCCUCGCUAUUUUUGAAUCCAUUUGCAUUGGUUGGGUGUUGGGUGGCAACCGUUUUUAUGACUGCAUAGAAGACAUGAUUGGCUACCGGCCUUGGCCUCUGAUUAAAUACUGUUGGCUCUUCUUCACUCCAGCCAUCUGCAUUGGGACCUUCAUCUUCUCCCUGGUCAAGUACACCCCACUGAAGUACAACAGGACAUACGAGUACCCGGCCUGGGGAUACAUCCUCGGCUGGUUCCUCGCUCUCUCCUCCAUGGUCUUGGUUCCUCUGUGGAUCGUCUUCAAACUCACCUGGACCGAGGGGACCAUGCCAGAGCGCCUUCGCCUGCUGUGCCUCCCUGCCGAUGACCUGCCCCUUGGCAAGAAACACCAAGCAAGCAGCUGCCCUUUCAACUCUGAACCAGCUGACUCUUUGCUUCCACUGAACAGAAUGGGGAGAUUGGGAUGA